GAGAAAAGGCAGGGCCAGAGUAAGGAUUGACAGUAAGCUGAGCCAAUCAGGCUGUGUGCCUGCAGCAGUGAUCCCAGGCUAUCCAAUCAGCACUAAGAGAGUGGACUAGGAUGGCUGAGGAAGACAGAUGGCGGGGACAGCACGCCACGACCGAGAGAUGGCACUUCAGGCCAAGAAAAAGCUCACCACGGCCACCGACCCCAUCGAAAGACUCCGACUGCAGUGCCUGGCCAGGGGCUCUGCAGGUAUCAAAGGACUCGGCAGAGUCUUUCGAAUUAUGGAUGACAAUAACAACCGAACCCUUGAUUUCAAAGAAUUUGUGAAAGGGUUAAAUGACUAUGCUGUGGUCAUGGAAAAGGAAGAGGCAGAAGAGCUUUUUCAGAGGUUUGAUAGAGAUGGAAAUGGAACAAUAGACUUCAAUGAAUUUCUUCUCACAUUAAGACCUCCAAUGUCCAGAGCCAGAAAAGAGGUAAUUAUGCAAGCUUUUAGAAAAUUAGACAGGACUGGAGAUGGCGUCAUAACAAUUGAAGACCUUCGUGAGGUAUAUAAUGUAAAACACCAUCCAAAAUACCAAAAUGGGGAGUGGACUGAAGAGCAAGUAUUCAGGAAAUUUCUGGAUAACUUUGAUUCACCCUAUGACAAAGAUGGAUUGGUGACCCCCGAGGAGUUUAUGAACUACUAUGCGGGCGUCAGCGCAUCCAUUGACACCGACGUGUACUUCAUCAUCAUGAUGAGAACCGCCUGGAAGCUCUAACUGUGUGACCCGGGGACUGGGUCUUGGGGACAGCCAUGAGGCUCCAGUUGAUUAAACCUCAGCUCAAAAACCAGGAUUAUAUUUGAUUUCGCGUUCAUCUCAGUGUUUCUUUCAUAUCAACACACUGUAUUUUCUAAGGCUAAAAAACAGGCAGAAAUAAAGGCACGAAGUAGUCAACUGUGAGCUUGCGUUCUCUGAGGCUUUUUUUUUUGCUCUAAAAUGGAGUUAAAUAAAAUGAGAUCUG